CUGUCCGCGAGUCGCCGCGGCCGUUGUUGUCAGUUGCGCCGCGGAGCCGCCACAGCGGCAGGGCUCGGCGCAGCGAGAGCUGGCCCGCCGGGCAGGGGGCACCGGGCGCCGCAGCCGCCGCUCCCGAGCUCCCGCGACCUCAGGCGAGGUUCCUCCCGCUGGGGGUCCGCGACUCUUUGCGUCCCUGCCCGCCGCGCUCCCCGUCCCCGCCGCCGCUCCCCGAGGGCAAGUCGCGGCGGGCGCUGCCCAUGCAAGGGGCGGCGUGGGGCGCGGCGGCCCGAGGAGACGCCGCUGCUGCAGGCAGGGUAGAGGUCUCCAACUGAAUUCCCACAGACAUUGUGGAAGUCUGGAUAAAGAAGAGUUUAUACCAUGGCUCCAGCUGAGAGAAGCAGUAAGAUAUGCUUGGUGGUGACAAUGGACUGUCUAUUUGCAUCAGAUACUCUUAUAUGAAGAGAUCACAUUUCCAAAGAGCUUAAAUAUUAAUUAAUUAUCUGAAACAGAAUGGCAGGCUUCAAACGAGGAUAUGAUGGAAAAAUUGCAGGAUUGUAUGAUUUGGAUAAAACCUUGGGCAGAGGCCAUUUUGCUGUGGUCAAACUUGCUCGGCAUGUCUUCACAGGUGAAAAAGUAGCAGUAAAAGUAAUUGACAAGACCAAACUGGACACUCUAGCCACUGGACAUCUUUUUCAAGAAGUGAGGUGCAUGAAACUAGUGCAGCAUCCAAAUAUAGUACGGCUAUAUGAAGUGAUUGACACCCAGACUAAGCUUUAUCUUAUCUUAGAGCUAGGUGAUGGAGGAGAUAUGUUUGAUUACAUCAUGAAACAUGAAGAAGGUCUGAAUGAGGAUCUGGCAAAGAAAUAUUUUGCUCAAAUAGUUCAUGCUAUAUCCUACUGCCAUAAACUACACGUAGUUCAUAGAGACUUGAAACCAGAGAAUGUUGUCUUCUUUGAAAAACAAGGACUUGUGAAAUUGACUGAUUUUGGCUUCAGCAACAAAUUCCAGCCUGGAAAGAAGCUCACCACAAGCUGUGGAUCUCUUGCAUAUUCUGCUCCUGAAAUUUUACUUGGGGAUGAAUAUGAUGCACCAGCAGUGGAUAUAUGGAGUCUAGGGGUCAUCCUCUUCAUGUUGGUGUGUGGACAACCACCAUUUCAAGAAGCAAAUGACAGUGAAACACUGACUAUGAUAAUGGACUGCAAAUACACAGUGCCACCUCAUGUGUCCAAAGAAUGUAAAGAUCUGAUAACACGGAUGCUGCAGAGAGACCCGAAGCGAAGGGCAUCUUUGGAAGAGAUUGAAAACCAUGCGUGGCUCCAAGGAGUUGACCCAUCUCCUGCAACAAAGUACAAUAUUCCUCUUGUGUCAUACAAAAAUCUGUCUGAGGAGGAACACAACAGUAUAAUCCAGCGCAUGGUUCUCGGUGAUAUAGCAGACCGAGACACGAUCGUGGAGGCAUUGGAAACUAACAAAUACAAUCACAUCACUGCUACAUACUUCUUACUAGCUGAAAGGAUUCUUCGAGAAAAACAAGAGAAAGAAAUUCAGACCAGAUCUGCGAGCCCUAGCAACAUCAAAGCCCAGUUCAGGCAGUCGUGGCCAACAAAGAUCGAUGUACCCCAGGAUCUGGAGGAUGACCUGACAGCUUCUCCUCUCUCCCACGCAACUGUUCCUCAGUCACCAGCUCGCACGGCUGAGAACGUUCUCAACGGCCACAGGAGCAAGGCCCUUGGCGAUUCGGCCAAGAAGGAAGAUAUCCCUGACCCGGCCGGACCGGCGCUUUCCGCGGUGCCGUCCGUCAGCUUAAAGCCCACGACGAGUGGCCGCAAGUGCUUGUUCAGAGUGGAAGAAGAUGAAGAGGAGGAUGAAGAAGAUAAGAAACCUAUUUCUCUUUCUACUCAAGUUGUUCUGCGACGUAAGCCUUCAGUUACAAACCGUCUGACUUCAAGGAAGAGUGCGCCAGUCCUCAAUCAAAUCUUCGAGGAGGGCGAGUCAGAUGACGAGUUUGACAUGGAUGAGAACUUGCCCCCGAAGCUCAGCAGGCUAAAAAUGAACAUUGCUUCACCCAGCACCGUGCACAAACGCUAUCACAGGAGGAAAAGCCAGGGCCGGGGCUCCAGCUGCAGCAGCUCUGAAACGAGCGACGACGACUCGGAGAGCAGGAGGCGACUGGACAAAGACAGUGGGUUUACCUACUCGUGGCACAGGCGGGACAGCAGCGAGGGGCCGCCCGGCAGCCAGGGAGAUGGCGGGGGACAGAGCAAACCCAGUAACGGCAGCGGAGGGGUGGACAAAGCGAGCCCGAGCGACGGUGGCAAAGGCGGGGGGAGCCCCUCCGGCGGCUCCGGCGGCAGCACCAACACCACGUCGGGCUCCACGCGGAGAUGCGCCGGAGCCGGCAGCUCCAUGCAGCUGUCAGCGAGAAGUGCGGGGGACCUGGUGGAAAGCCUGAAGUUAAUGAGCCUUUGCCUGGGUUCACAGAUUCAUGGCGGCACUAAAUACAUUCUUGAUCCUCAAAACAAUCUGUCCUUUUCCAGCGUGAAAGUCCAGGAGAAGUCAACGUGGAAGAUGUGCAUAAGCUCCAGCGGAAGCACAAACCAGGCUUCGGCCCUGGGCAGCCUCAAAUUUUUUUCUGACCAAAUGUCAGACACGGCAAAUGAAUUGGAACGGAUAAAGAACAGGAACUUGAAAAACAAUGUGCUACAACUACCUCUCUGUGAAAAGACGAUAUCUGUGAAUAUUCAGCGGAACCCAAAGGAGGGGCUGCUGUGUACCUCCAGUCAAACCAGUUGUUGUCAUGUCAUUUGACGAUGACCUGACUUUAAUAAAUAGCUCGAUCUACUUGACAGCGUCAUUCUUCCCGUUCAGAGCUGUGAACACCUUGUCACGGACCCCUUUUUGUUGUCUUAAGAUUUUUAAGUGGGCUUCGAGCAGUUAUUUAUUACACUUUCCUUUUGUGUUUGCUUGAUGGUAUGACAGUGCAUGGUCUUUGCAUGCUGCUAGCCAAUACGUUUUUCUUUUUCAACAAAACAGAAUACUUUAUUGUGUAAUUUUUACAUUUAUAAUUUUACUAUGGAAGAUCUGGAUUAAAUUAAAAUAAAUAUCUGGAUCCUAAUGUAAAUUGGAGCACUUAGAAGUUUCAUGUUCUGCACUUACUAGAGAAGAGAAGCUUUUGUUUGCUUGUGAAAUGUUAAUUCUUGUUCUGACCUUCUGUGAUAACUAAAAUAUGUGAGAUGUGGCAUACUUCUAUGUGUCUGAAACAGAACCAAAGCAAUAAUGUUUUGAUGCUGAAAACUCUUCAGGGAGCUUUCAGAUGUUCCAAGGCUUGUACAAAGCAAAAAUGCACUGAAAAUUAGUGAUCUUGAAAUAUGAUUUUAAACCCACACCUAUUUGUCUUAAGCUAUGAUACGGAUAAAGUUGUGGCUCAAAAAUCAAACUGAAAAGGUCUUGUUUUACUAGAGGCAGUCUUCUUUUCUUUUUUUUUUUAAACAAAAAGGCAAGUAGAUUUGUAAGGCAGCUUUCUCCCAUAGAAAUAUGUUAAUAUUACAAGCAGACAAUCUUCUUUUUUAAUAUAACAAAGGUAAAUUAUUGAGUCUCCUUCUGAGUUUUUACAUGCUAACUGAAAAUAAACUAUUUGUAUGAAUUACUUUUGUUAUAUCAUGACACUUAAUAUUUUAGGUUUUUAUCUUGUAAGCCUUCUCCCCUCCCCUCUCCUCCCCUCCCCUCCUUGAGACUUCAAAAGGCAAUAAGGGAUGGAAAACCUGUAGGUAACUGGAUUCAAAUCAAAAUUGUUAUUGUCACUUAUAUUAUUCUCAUGAUUACUCUUUUUAAAAUACCACUGUUCCCCCCUGCACACCGUUUAUUUUCCCUCAGUAAUCGUGCUUUCUAAUCAAGGCAGUUUAAACUAGCGCUUAGGAAAGUAUUUCUUUGACAGUUCCCAGCCUUUCUGUCAGGUUUCCCCUUGCCACGGCAAGGUCUUGAUUUAGAGUAUUUCUGUACAAGAGGCUACUUUUGACCAGAUGAAUUAACUUUGUGGAAUUUUAUUACCUAGAAGAAAAAUAUAUUGCAGAUUCCUAGUUUUGGGAGGGGCAAGAAUGUUUUAUUUUUUCAUGCUGUGCACUGGGUCUUCUAAGCAAUGCUGGUGAAACUGGCGGCAUGAUGUAGCAGCGCCCGGGGCAGACGUUGGAUGUCUGAGAGGAGUUUACACUGUCGAGUGUCUUGUAGGACUGGCAGAAGGGUCAAACACAGCGCGUUUCCCAUCCGCCGCACCAAAGAACGGCGUCGUGGCUGCAGCUCCUGGCAGCAAUUCGCGAUGAGUAAGGCUGGACUUGCGUGGGGCGUUGUGCCUGGCUGGCCUGGCCAGGCCUGUCACGUUCUGCUUCUGAAGCAAGGCAAAGUAGUGGUUUACUUCUUGAAGUUCUAAACUCGAGUUGCAGUUGAGACAGCGUGAUAUUUAUAAAUGAAAAGCUACAAGAACAGAUGUGUGGGUGAAGCCAUAGAACACGUUUGCUUGAAAUUUUUGAGCAGGGAUCUUAACAAGGGCCAGAAACGAGAUGUGUGGUUCACGGAGUGAGCGGAACAUCCCCAGAGGAGACGAGUUUAUAAAGGGCAUUGGCAAUAAACUUAUUUGUUGCAGCUUUUUUCCAAGUCCUGUAAAUACUCCUUCCCGAUACUAUGUGCAGCCUUGGAAUGGCACCUUUUAACUAACCCCGGGUGUAUUUUGUUUCUGAUGUUUUUAUAUCCGACUGUAUAUAUGGUGCUCACUUUAGGACGGCAGUGUUGACCAUUUAUGCUGCAUAGUUGUACUAUAGCCUUAUAGCCGUGCGUGGUUGGACCCUGGGUGUACAGCUGUCCGUCUGAGCGGUCUCCUUCCCGUGUGUUGACAGGUGAAUGACUGUGCAUGUGGUGUAUGUCGUGUUAUGUCGUCACGUACAAGGAAGGGCGAGAAUAACCACUACAUUAAGAUAAUAUUGGACCAAACUAUUUAGAGCAAGUAAACAGUUUCCUGUACCCCUUAACGUGUCUUUAAAAGUUGCAUAUAGUUACAGUAGUGUAUAAAUUAAAUAUUGUGGAAAAACAAUUAGUCUUGUAUUUUUCUGUAUGUGUGUAUAUAAAUAUAUAUAAAAAUAUGUACCUCUAGCAACUUAAUCUGUAUUUAAGAUGUGACAAUCUUGACACAGAAUUUUAAGAGUAGCAGUAUAAAUAAGCAGAAUUAAUGAACAAAUAUAAAAGUUUCACACCACGAAUGAAUCCGUGUGCGUGUGUUAAGAGGGUACAGAAAUAUCAGCUGAUCCUAUUACUUCCAGCAAUGUUUGGCUUUUUCACUGUAUAAACAUUCACGGUGUGCGACAGAAAUGGAAAAUGCAGUUAAUAAAAGUGAUACCCUGGCUGAUGCGUCAGCGAUGCCGU